CUUUCAGAGCUGCUGGGGGCUCCGGUAGGUUUCAGCAGAGCUACAACAUUUUGUUGGAAUACAUGGACUUUUUAGUACUGUCUAAGGCUUCAGAAUUUUUUUUCCUUCAUGUCUUUUGCUUGAUGGGACAAAGAAUUGAGUGAAAAAAGAUGAAAAUGAAAUGGAAAGAUUAGAUAAUACAGAAAUCCGAGAGCUCUGAGGGGAAAAAAGGCAAAGGUUUUGUGUGCCAGACGGUGAUGAGGGCUGAUGGGAGAGACUGCAGAGAUGACUGUGAUAAAGAAAGAGAUGGAGCCAGAGGAAUAUAGACAGCAAGAAGAAAAGCAAGCCUUAUGAAAUCGCACACUUUGAGAUAUUCUAUCUGAAGAAACCAAAAAGAAACCUUCGUUCAAUGAGACUGAGGGGGCAUAAAAAAAUACAUAAUUCGUACAUUUAAAAAAAAAAAAAAAAAAACUUAGUAAGGUUAAAUAGGCUUUAGUUACAUAACAGCAAGGAAAACGAUUUUAUGAAAACGUGUAGCAGUUUGUAUGAGAGGGCAGGACAUUCUCAUUCUAGCAUCUGAUUGGACAGAGCUCUGUGCAGUGCAGGAUGAGUCAUCAAGAUUUACGUCGAGUUUUCCUGAAGAAAAACUAUGUAAAUUUUAAAUGUGCUAAAAGUGAUUUUUAUCCAUUUUUAGUGGUAAACUAGGUUAAACAUGGCCUCAAAACUAACAAACAUGGACUAAAAGCUAUACAAAACUCAUAUUUUGAUUUCACAGGGCAUUUAAAAAGAGUAGAAAUAGACGUAUAAGAGUGUGAUAAAGAAUAACUGGUGAGCAGCAAACAGAUACAGACAGGAAGGAGUGAUAAAGAGAAAGAUAACUGAAUGAGUGAGAGAGAAAGAGAGAGAGAGAGAGAGAAGGAGACAGCAAGCGAAAGAAAAGCAGGAGAGCCGGCCCACUCAUAGUGACAGAGAGCCAGAGUUUAGAGUUUGUCAGGAGAUGACAGAGUGGAGAGAGAGAGACAGAAAGGAGCUGAAUGGUUUAGAAAGUGAAGGAAUAGAAGAAAAAAAGACUGAAGCAGAGUAAGAGGGGGAAAACUGGCAAAGGGGCGGAGAGAUGGGAUCUCUUCAUCCAGUGAGAACCCUCGGCCGGUGGUCAGGAGCGGGGCAGAUGGGCUGGGCAUGUCCUGGCAGGGUCCACGUACACUGGUGCUCCAUAAGAACUCUCAGGGCUUUGGCUUCACGCUACGUCACUUCAUCGUUUACCCGCCAGAGUCUGCCCUGCACACCAGUUUCAAGGAUGAAGAGAACGGGAAUGGAAAGGGGCUCCAUCGGAGUUGUCUGGAGCCCAUGGACACCAUCUUCGUUAAGAAUGUGAGGGAGAAAGGCCCCGCCCACCAGGCUGGCUUGUGUACAGGAGACAGGCUGGUUAAAGUGAAUGGAGAGAGUGUGCUGGGUAAGACGUACUCACAAGUCAUUGCACUGAUUCAGAACAGUGAGAGUGUACUGGAGCUCUCCAUCAUGCCAAAGGAUGAGGACGUGCUGCAGCUGGUAAGUGCAUAUUCCCAUGAUGCCUACCUAAGAGGGAACAAUCCAUAUACAGGAAAGGCCCAAAAUCUUCCUCCUCCACCCCCUGUCCUCUAUCCUCCACGUACAAAAUCCCAGCCUUCUGCGGGGUACUCCCCCUGCCCUGCCCCAGCUUCCUCACACAUGGGACAAAACCAACUGGAUAACUGGAGCCGCUGGCCCGGCUCUUCCUCUGGUCCUUCUCCGCCACUUGACAACCGGACAGUCACUUCCAGCAACGCUGUCUGGGCAGCUGAGGGUAGAAGCUGUGAGCCAGGAGGUGUUAGUCACAGUAGCCCUGCACACCGAACUGAGGAGAUCCAGUAUGGAAUGACUGACAGGGGACAACAAGCAAUCGGACAAAUGAGAGGACGCUCAAACUCAUCUUCUUCAUCUUCAGGAGGAAUUAUGAGCCCAUUGCAUCAUGCUCAUCUUGCCAACCACAAUGUGGGUACUGCCAUGGGGCACACUAGUGGCCGCAAGGGAAGCCCACCAUGGGCCAGCCCUUCUCAGUCAACAUCAACACCCCCAUCCAGCCGCAGUGAACACACCCAACAAGCCCUUUCCAACUGGUACUACAGCCAGGUACCAGGCCGUGAGCGAGAACGGGAACGAUCUAGUUCUCGCUCCAUGCUCCCACGCCAUAGGAGUUUCUCACAGGACCGCCUGGGUGAGAUUGGGAGGGCCAGGCGUUCGCAGCAAGCAGGCUUUCCCCACAGUGCAUCACAAGACACAUUGCUACUGCUUCAGCAGAGCUCUGCAGCAUACGCUGAUCCCUACUGGAACCAGGGAGACUGGCAUGAAGAGCAUGCAUAUGGACAGCACCCAUCUGCAGUGGGCUAUGGGCGCAAGUCCCCUGGAAACCUUCUUGCAAGCCGGUACGGACACACGGGACGUUCACUGGAAACUCUCGACAGAGCUGUGGGGAUACUCCCACCACGAUUUCACCACCAGGUCCAGCAGCCCCCAAACAGAACUGAAGGAUAUCCAAGACGUGGUGGACAUUGUGGGCAACACGCAGAGUCACACCACCAAAUUCAGCCCCACCAAACACAACACCACACACCCCAACACCAUCAACACACACCUCAGUAUCAAAACCUCACACAUGCAGCACACCAAUACUCAUCUCAGACUCCACAACCACAGCAGGCAGCUCCACAGGCAAGACGCUUGCCUUCUUGCCAGAGUCUAGAUGAGGAGCCGAUUGGCUACCGUAGCUACAGCCCUUCUUUCAACCGCAAGACUGGCCGUAUCCUGCAGCAGGCCCAGUCAUUUAGAGACCCCUCUUAUACAGGUCCACCCCUAUGGAGUCCUGCACCCAAAACCAGUCCCCCAGAGGGGCUUCCACCCUCGGCCUCUCCUUCCCCAGCCCCACCAACCACCUCCUCUAAAACUGCUAUUCCCACACCCCCUGAAGGACAAGACAGAACUUACCGACCCACUAAUCAUGACAGAGGGGCAGGGGAAGCAACAGGUGAAGCCCAGACACAGGAAGUAGUUCUGAGGCAGAAACCACCCACCGGCCGCAGGGGUGCGAACGCCCUUCGACAUCCACAUUACGCCAUAGCACUGGACUCCAGUGACCCUCUACUCUUUACCUCUGACCCUUUGGAGCCCCCUGCCAAAGCAGAAAGUGCUAUUUCUCAUCGCCGCACGAAUGGCAACUUACCACCACUAUCCAUAGAGGAUGACUCCCUCGCGUCGAUUCCUUUUAUAGAUGAGCCGACCAGUCCAAGUGCAGAUCUGCGGGCACGUCAUGUCCCCGCCUCCUCCGUCGUGUCCAGUGGCGGUAUAAACUCUGCCCCUGCUGUGGCCACAAGCCCCGCCUCCCCAACCUUCACCUUUCCCCUCAACCGCCUUUUCUCCCACGACAGCACAGGUGAUGCCAAGUCUAAUCGUCGAUCCUCUUACCUGCUGGCCAUCACCACUGAACGCUCCAAGUCAUGUGAUGAGGGGCUUAACGCAUAUAGAGAAGAGGGACGGGUCUUCUCGAGGCUUCCAAAAAGAGUCAAGAGCUUCUUUACUGAAGGGUCUCUGGACAGUCUGGGUGCUGCUGAAGAGGCUCGCUCUAAACGACACUCUACCUCGGAGCUGGGCAGCAUCAGCUACAGUGACGUGAGGAGGGAAGGCUGGCUCCACUUCAAACAGAUCCACACAGAGAAGGGCAAGAAGGUGGGUAGUGCCAUCUGGCCUUGGAGGCGGGUGUUCUCCGUGCUUCGGUCCCAUUCCCUGUUUCUCUACAAAGACAAGCGAGAGGCAGUUCUCAAAGGGGCGGUGCUGGGAGGCGGGGCCGAAGAUGAACAGCCAAUCAGCAUCCGGGGCUGCCUUGUGGACAUAGCCUACAGUGAAACGAAGCGCAAGCACGCGCUGAGGUUGACCACGCAGGACUUCUGUGAAUACCUGCUACAGGCGGAGGACAGAGAGGAUAUGCUGGAGUGGAUCAAAGUCAUCAGAGAGAACAGCAAGACUGACAAUGAGGAAUUGGGUUUCUCACGACAGGCUCUCAUAAGUAAGAAACUUAAUGACUACAGGAAACAAAGUCCAACAGGCAAUAAACCAGACUCCUCACCCAGAGUGCAUCGAAUGACAUUUCUGCUCAGUAAGCAAGACAACAGCGCACCUCCACGUUCCCCAAAACACGAGGCCAAAGAGGAGAGCAGCCCCCCAAAAUCACCUUGGGGCAUAAAUAUAAUGAAGAAAGCUAAGAAGGCAGGUCCUAAAGCCUUUGGUGUCCGUCUAGAGGACUGCCAGCCUGCUACCAACAACAAGUUCAUUCCCCAGAUUGUGGAGAUCUGCUGUGGGCUGGUGGAGGAAAUGGGUCUGGAGUAUACAGGGAUCUAUAGAGUGCCGGGAAACAAUGCCGUAGUGUCCACUCUGCAGGAGCAGCUCAACAAAGGAGUAGACAUCAACAUCGCUGAGGAGAGAUGGCAAGACCUGAAUGUGGUUAGCAGCCUGCUGAAGUCCUUCUUUCGUAAACUCCCAGAACCCCUCUUCACUGAUGACAAAUACAAUGACUUUAUUGAGGCCAAUCGGAUGGAGAAUGCCAGUGAUAGGCUAAGGACAAUGAAAAAACUGAUCCGUGAUCUACCAGAUUAUUACUUCCACACUCUAAAAUUUCUAAUUGGACACCUAAAGACUGUGGCAGACCACUCUGAAAAGAACAAGAUGGAACCGCGUAAUUUGGCGCUGGUGUUUGGCCCCACUCUUGUCCGGACCUCAGAGGACAACAUGACAGACAUGGUCACCCACAUGCCUGACCGCUACAAAAUUGUGGAGACACUCAUUCAGCACUAUGUCUGGUUUUUCAUUGAAGAACACGAAAAGGAUGAAAAGACACCAGUGGACACAGAGGAUGUCCAGCCCGCCCCAAACAUAGAUCAUCUCCUCUCUAACAUUGGCCGGACAGGCCUGAUGGGGGAGGCGUCAGACUCAACCAACAGUGAUUCUGCAAAAUCAAAGGGGUCGUGGGGAUCAAAACGUGACUUUACUGCCAAGGAUAUCCUGACGUUAUCGAUUAUGUCGGCUGUGACCCGCAAACGCCGGAAGCGGCACAACGGCCGUUUCUUCGGCAGCAGUACAGAUGACGAUUCUGAGCAUGAACCCGUUAAAUCCUGUGUCUCCGAAAAAGACGACUUGCAAGAGAUGGGGCAGGUGGCAUCCUUCUGCGCCCCACGAGCGGAGGGAGAAGAAGAUGAAGAAGAGGAGGAGGAAGAUGAGGAAGAGGAGGAGGGUGAGAGACAGAAGGCCCAAGAACAGAAAGAGGAAGUAGUUCCCAGCAUUUCCUUAACAGUGGAAGCGCCACCAGCGGUUCUGCUGAGCGAGGAGGAGGAACAAAGGUCUGAAGUGAAAGGUCGCGGCUGGCGAGGAGAUGAUGCACGGUCUAUUGUGUCGGGCUACUCUACUCUGUCCACUCUGGGGCGGAGCUUAGCGUCAGAGGGGCGGGGCGAAGAUGCAGAUGAUGAGCACAGUGAACUGGUGAGCGAAACUGAUAACGAAAGCGGAUUCGCCUCACGCUCCCUCACCCAAGAGAGGCCGGAAAAACCAACCCGUUCCAGCCAAAACUCACAAGCCUCACCCGAUCCGACCGCGCCACGCAGUUUCCUCUAUGCGCACUGCAAAUCACAGAUGCCCUCUGCUUCCUCCGGCUCCUCCCUCGCUCCUCCUUCUCUCCACAUCACUACCAACCCUGAAGACCAAGCGAACGACAGCGCAGCACGUUCGUCUACUCCCUCAUCUUCCUCUUACUCAUCAUCCGCCUCCCAGCGCCUCCACAGCCGCCACUCUUUUAACUCCCACCGCCUUAUACAGUGCGACACCCUGGCACGGCGUCGGCUAAAGUCAGAUAAACCCAAAGCGCCCUCGGUGGACCUUUCAGAAGUUUCCAGCUCCUCCGCCACGGAGGGAGAUCGCCGGUCAGGUGCGAAUCAAAUCCCUAAUUCCUCUCCAUCUCCUUCUCCAAAAGCCAAAUCCUCCAAAGAGGUUAGCGUGAGAAAAGAGUAUAUGCCAACAUCCAUAGCCGUUCCCGGAAUUAAGAGCUGCUCGUUGUCCUCUGGACAGGGUUCCCUGGCGGAUCAGGUACGGGCUCGCCUGAUGGGCUCAGCGGACGACCUGCGCAGUGUCGGCCUGAGGAAGCAGCUCUCGCCGGAGACGCGCAGGAAGAGACGUGCAUGGAGGAGGCACACCGUGGUAGUCUCCCCUACAGAUUGUUCAGACAAAAAAACACCGGCGCUACCCCCCAAACCGCUAGAUUCACCCUCCCCUGUUGAAAAGCCGGACGUUAGAGAGUCCCACCCAGAGUGCUCAGAGACUGAAGCCCCUACUGCACGUCGGGCCCUGCCUACCUCGCGCUUUCGUGAUUUCUUGUAGCAGUGAUGGUGUGUACAGGCUAGUGAACCAAGAGAGUUGGAUUUGGGUUGUGCUGUAGCUGUGUCCACAGUAUGUUCGUUUUGAGUUCACACUGACAGCGAUUAUAUCGUUGUAGAAUACUUUUGGUCGGUAGACGUUCAUACUCAGUGCAGUGUCAAACUGUGCCAGGUGGAAAAUCAUGCGAGUGUCAUUGUGCACCAUUCAGAAUUGAGCACCAGUUCAGUUUUUGAAUUUAAUUGAGGUAGCAAACAGGAUGCCAAGUUGAAAUUUGGAAUUACAAUGAGCUGAAAUUCAAACAAUAAGGGCAUUUUCAGACCUGUAGAUUGUUUGCUUUGUUCAGAAACAGGGAUUUACAAUGUUACAUUGUUGCAUUUUCUCCUUGGUUCGCUUUUUACAUGGAAAAAUUGUAUGCAAUUUAAUAUUUUUAUGUUGAUGCAAGUCACAUUUGCACCUGUUUUGAAGAAGAGCAAUGACGUUUUAAAAUGAAGAGGUGCUCUUAGCUGUGAUAAGAAAUAGACACUGCUGAUUUUUAUGCAACACAUUUUCUAUUUCAUAUUAUGAUACAACUUGGAUUGUUGGUCCUGUUGGGUCAGAUUGCUUUCUCAACACAAGCAAACCGCUUCAGAGUUUGUUUUGAAUCAGAGACCACCUCCUUAAGGCGAUCUUGGACUGAUUAUUUUGGUCCAGCUCCGACUGCGUUUGCAGUGUUUAUAUAUGCAUAAACGAACCUAAACUAGGGAGAAAAAAUUGUGCCAGGUUCCGAAACAAACGCUCCAAAUGAGCCAGGUGUGAAAACGCCCUAAUUGCCAUUUGUAACAAGAAAUGGAAGAGUUAUAAAGACAAACUUCUGCCUCAUUUGAAAUGUGCUUAUUUUUAUAUGAAUUUCUCAAGUGAAGUUUCAUUUUAUGGACCAAGGAGGAAAAACACUUCAUUUCCCGGAAUGUCAUUACCUGUUUUUUGAAUAAAUUUCUUUGAAUUGUAAUUUCCUUACCUUUACCCUGGUCUGUAUUCCCAUUGUCGCUGCCUAAAGUUGCUGUUUAUUUGCAUAAACAAGAACUCUUCUUUACGCAAAUGGGCGAUCAAUGUCACCGUCGCGUGCACUGCCUGAAAUCGUUCUUAAUGAAGAUCAAUCCAGUCACUUUUCACUGCAAAUCGCUGUCGGUGUGAACAGCCUUUUAGGUUGCCAUGUGAGUAUAAAAUACAAACUCAGACUGUUUAAAGCCCUCGGUCAAAUCUUAUUUAUGUCACUCUUAUUUAGACCAACUUCCCCUGCAUGGCAAAAGGGGCUUCUCAGUGUUGCCAAAGUUUUUUCAUCAAUAUCUUCCUUUCACAUUUUCUUCUUCCUUUUCUUGGCCAGUCACAUGACAACAUUCUGCUCUUUAAAUUAUUGCCAAGACCCUCACGACUCAGUGCUUUUGUGUUUUCAAGUCCCAGACGAACCAAUUCUCCGAAUGUGCCGGUACAGUAUUGGUUAAACAGUGUUAGCAAAACAGAAACAGUGUUGAUAGUGACAGAUUUACUAGUUUUAACACAGGCCGUUGAGCUCCGCGCAUAAUUCUACCAGUAACUCGCUACAUUAAGUUCAAUAAGAGGCAGCGUGGUGUGUUCACCUUCCCACAUACUGAUUUACAUUGAGUAACGGCUCAUUGGUGAAAUCACUUCAAAUGAGUGUAUAUGUGUGUCUGAAAUUGCCUGUGUAAACCGUAUGUGGUCAAGUAUGUGUGUGUCAAACGUUUUUGUAACAUUUGUACAAAGCCUUGCUUAAGUUAACCUUGUAAAUACACAUAUAUUAUAUUGUCAUUUCUUUUUUUUUUUUCCUCUUUAUUUUAGUUUUUAUAUGGUUUACAAAAGUGCACUUAGGUGCACGGUCAUUUCUUUCAAGAUGUUACUUGAAAUGUUUUCCUUAAUAUUUUUUGUUUGUUUGUUUUAUAUACAGUAUAUAUUAUACAUAUAUUUUGUAUGAAUAUAAUAAGUACUUUUAUUUGGAAAUCUUGGGGUGUACCUGUUUUAACUCCACUAGACUGUUUUCCCUGUUAAUGGCCUUUCUCUGUGACUUACAAAUACUAUGCAGAAAUCUAUUCACCUCAAUGAAAAGAACAGAGAUCUAACCUGCAAAGAGUGUCUGUCACAAGCUAUAAUAAAUUCUUAUUGCAGAGCUUA